ACUUCAUUAAUUAUUGGCCACAUAUAUACUCCAUUAACUAAGAACGAUAUAUAUGAUGAAGAAAGAUAAUCCAAUAAGCUUUGUUUACUUUGUGAUAUUCAUGGUUACUUGUUGGUGUGUUCUGUUGGGUGGAAUGGCACAAACUAGAAACGAGAGUAAUGUUAUAGUGAAAGUUGGAGCUGUACUUGAUGUUAGCAAUGGAACCGUUGGUAUAAUAGGAUUGAGCUGCAUCAACAUGGCCCUUACAGAUUUCUAUGAAUCUCAUUCUCAUUACAAAACUAGAAUCCAAAUCAUCGUUAAGGAUUCUCAUAAGGACGUCGUCACUGCAGCCACGCAUGCGUUGGACCUUAUAAAGAAUGAGGAAGUGCAAGCAAUCAUGGGACCAAUAACAACAAUGGAAGCAAAUUAUAUGAUUCAACUAGGAGACAAAGCACAAAUACCCAUUGUAACCUUUUCAGCAACAAGCCCUUCACUAGCAUCACUUGAAAGUCAAUACUUUUUUCAAAUAUCACAAAAUGAUUCAGCUCAAGUAAAAGCCAUCACCUCAAUUAUUCAAGCUUUUGGUUGGAAACAAGUUGUCCCCAUUUACAUUGACAAUAGUUUUGGUGAAGGACUCAUACAUUAUUUAGCCAAUGUUCUUCAAGAAGCCAAUAUCCAAGUUCCCUAUGUAAGUGCAAUUUCUCUUUCAGCCAACGAUCAUGUUAUCACUAGAGAGCUUCAAAAAAUAAUGACUACUAUACCCACUAGAGUAUAUAUUGUGCACAUGUCACCAGAUCUUGGCUCUAAGCUUUUUACCUUGGCAAAAAAAAUUGGGAUGAUGGGUCAAGGCUAUGUUUGGAUAGUAACCGAUAGUAUAGCUAAUUUAUUCAAUUCAUUGAAUUUUAAUGUGCGGGAAUCAAUGGAAGGAGUAAUUGGUGUGAGGACUUAUAUCCCUAGAACAAAAAAGCUAGAUGAUUUUAGAGUUAGAUGGAAAAGAAAAUUCAUAAGUGACAAUCCAACACUCUUUAACACAAAAUUUAACAUUUUUGGAAUUUGGGCUUAUGAUGCUACAACUGCAUUGGCGAUGGCUAUGGAGAAGGUUGGAAUUGAAAACACAAAAUUUGGUUACAACGAGAGUAACACAUCAAGCAAUUACUACAUGCCUAAUUUUGAAAAGUUUGGUAUUGCACAAAAUGGUAAGAAGUUGAGUGAAGCUUUGUCAAACACUAGAUUUAAUGGUCUUAGUGGUGAUUUCAAUGUUGUUGAUGGGAAGUUACAAUCAUCAAUAUUUGAGAUAAUUAAUGUUAUUGGUAAUGGAGAAAAGAGGGUUGGAUUUUGGACACCAAGUAAAGGGUUAGCUAGAAAUUUGGACAUGAAGGGCCUAAUAAGCAAAAAUAGCAUAUAUUCUAGUUCUAAAAAUGAUCUCAGAUCAAUCAUAUGGCCAGGGGAUAUGUACUCUAUUCCUCCUAUUUGGAAGAAGUUAAAGAUAGGAGUUCCAGCUAGACAUGCAGAUAACUACCCUGAAUUUUUGAAAGUAAAAUAUGAUAAUAAUACCAAUAAAACACAAGCCACUGGCUUCUGCAUUGAUGUUUUCAAAGCAGCAGUGGAUAUUUUGCCUUAUAACUUGGAAUAUGAAUUUUUAGAAUAUGCAAAGCCUGAUGGUGAGAUGGCAGGAACAUACGAUGAGUUGAUCACUCAACUUUAUCAAGGGAAGUAUGACGCAGUAGUGGGGGAUGUAACAAUCAUUGCAAACAGAUCCAACUAUGUUGAUUUCACAAUGCCUUACAUAGAAUCUGGUGUUACAAUGGUUGUUUCAACGAAAGACAAUAGGAAGAAAAAUGCAUGGGCUUUUUUGAAGCCACUGACAUGGGAUCUUUGGGUAGCAUCAGUUGGUUCUUUUGUAUUGUUUGGAUUUGUUGUAUGGAACCUUGAACACAAAAUAAACGAUGACUUCCGAGGACCACCUUCUUAUCAGAUUGGCACAAGUUUAUGGUUUUCCUUCUCAACUAUGGUUUAUGCUCAUAGAGAGAAAGUGGUGAGCAACUUGACUCGAUUUGUAACGGUUGUUUGGGUUUUUGUGGUUCUAAUUCUGGUUCAAAGUUACACUGCAAGCUUGACUUCGAUGUUAACAGUUGAACAACUAAGUCCAUCAAUUACAGAUGUUAACGAACUUAUAAGGAAUAAGAUGAAUGUUGGCUAUCCCAUUGGUUCUUAUGUUCAAGGAAUUGUGAAGAAAUUAGGUUUCCCAGACUCUCAGCUCAUUGCUUAUCAAUCACCUAAUGAAUUUCACGAGCUUUUCAUAAAAGGAAGUGUAAAUGGAGGUAUUGAUGCUGCUUUUGAUGAAGUUGCUUAUGUUAAGCACUUUCUUAGAACUUAUAGUUGUUCAAAGUAUGUCAUGGUUGAACCAAGAUAUAAAACCGGUGGUUUUGGCUAUGUGUUUCCAAAAGGAUCACCUCUUGUAGCUGACAUUUCAAGGGCAAUCCUAAAUGUGACAGAGGGAGGCAAAAUGAAAACAAUUGAAAAUAUAUGGUUCAAUGAACCUACUUGUCCAGAUUCUAAUACAAAAGUUUCCUCUAAUAACAAUCUUGGACUUGAAAGCUUUUGGGGACUGUUUCUCAUAGCUGGAAUUGCUUCCAUAAUAGCACUACUAUUCUUUUGGGUGCCCUUCCUAUAUGAGCACAAACACAUUUGGCUACAAAAUAAUUUAAGUACUUCAUUAUGGCGACGGAUUUGCAUUUUGGUAAAGAUAUUUGAUCAAAGAAACUUGCACCAUUACACAUUCAAGAAAAGUAAAAAUGAAAGCGAAAAUAGUAACAUUGCUCAUCAUGAUGAUGGUUUAGGUGCAGUUGAGGCCUCUUCGGAUACACAGUGUCCUCCUAGUCCAUUUAGUCAAACUGAAUCAAAUAUUUCGGGUUAUGAGGAAUUUAGUCCAAACACAGAAAUGAAUAUUGUGCCAAUUAUUAAUGAAGAAGUUGCUCAUGUGAACAACAAUGAAAUUAAUUAGCAAAAGACAGGUCGUAUAUAUUUGACUCCAAUGAACAAUAGUGAAACUAACUAGCAAAAGAUAUGUACAUUUAUACGGGUCAUUUAUUUGUAAUUGAUAUAUAUAUUAUAAAAUUGUUGUAAAUACUAAUGUAUAUUUUUUAAGUAUUAAUAUUGUUGUUUUCGGAUUUAAAAAA